CGCUAAUCUGCCUGGAAAGUAUUUGAAAGUGGGUUUGGAGGAAAGUGCCCUCUUUUGCGGAAGUUGGUACUUGGAGUUUGAAUUGAACAGCUUAUGGAAUGGUGUUGGCUUUGGUGUAUGGGAGGAAGGGUACAUCUUUUUCCUGUGAAGCUGGAGGAUGUAUUCCAGCCUAUGGAAAAGCAUACAUAAGAGGAUAAAUAUGGCUUUUAAGGGUGAGGACCACUUAGAUUCCCUUCCGUUACCUGUUCAGCGCAUGCAUUUAAUUCAGGUGGACUCCGUUCAGCGAUGGAUGGAAGAUUUGAAGCUGAUGACAGAUUGUGAAUGCAUGUGUAUUCUCCAGUCCAAACCGAUCAGCAUUGAGAAGGAUGAACAAAAUGAACUCAUCCUUUCCUCACAGUAUAGCACAUGCAAUAACUUGCAGCUGCUGUUAAAAAGAGCUUGGAUCAUAAGCACAGAGUUGACCAGGAUUGCUCAAAAACUAGAGAAGAACAGAUGGCAAAGAGUCCACAGCAUGACAGUAAGAGUCAAUUGUCAUGUACGUUCCAUGAUAAAUGAGUACAACACAUUUACAAGAAGUUCUUCAGAAGAAAUGCACCAGUUGGAAAAACUUUUAAUAGACAAGUGUUCAGAAUUUACAGCAUUUACAGAAAGGUGUGUACAAACUGAGGAUGAACAGAUGCUGAGGUCCAUGAAAUCCUGCGUUAAUGAAACGCUCACUACUGUUGCUCAGUAUUUUGGCCAGUUGAUAGAGCUGGUUUUCACACACGAGGCACAGAACCUACUGAGGCAAAUAGAUUUGUCGGAUAGUGUGUACAUCACUGAGUCGGCGAUUAAUAGUUUAUUCAGCCUUACCCAGGAAGGUGCUCACCUUUGCCGCAUCAUAGCUAAGGAAGGAGGUGUAGUUGCUCUUUUUAAGAUCUGUCGCCAAGAUUGUUUCAGGUGCCUUUAUCCCCAGACACUGAGAACAUUGGCAUCCAUUUGUUGUGUAGAGGAAGGGAUGCACCAGCUGGAAAAGGUUGAUGGGAUACUGUGCCUGACUGACAUUCUUACUGAUAACACCCAUUCUGAAGCCACUCAUGCAGAAGCAGCAGCAGUAAUUGCACAGAUCACAUCUCCACAUCUCACGUUCACUCAGCAUCUCAGCAGCUUUCUAGAAAAUAUGGAAGAAAUUGUAACAGCGCUUGUUAAACUGUGCCAAGAAGCCUCAUCUGGUGAAGUUUUCCUGCUGGCUUCAGCAGCUCUUGCCAAUAUUACUUUCUUUGAUACCAUGGCUUGUGAAAUGCUGCUCCAGUUAAAUGCAAUGAAGAUUCUUCUAGCAGCAUGUUCAGACAAACGCAUAGUGGAUACUCCAUAUUCCCGAGAUCAGGUGGUAACAAUAAUGGCAAACAUGUCUGUCUUGGACCAAUGUGCUUCAGAAAUCAUUCAAGGAAAUGGUAUUCAACUUUUAAUGGAAAUGCUCUUUGAAAAGUCAUCUUCAGGAAAUACAGCAGAAGUUGCUGCCUGUGAGCGAGUCCAACAGAAAUCUGCGGUUACGCUGGCACGACUCAGCCGAGAUCCUGAAGUGGCAGAUGCAGCUGUAAAACUCAGCUGUAUUCCUCGCCUAAUUAAACUUUGCCGAUCACCAACUGAAAGAAAUAACAGUGAUUCUGUUUUAGUGGCAUGUCUGGCAGCCUUACGAAGACUAGCAGUUAUGAGUCCUGAUGGACUUGAAGAUUCAGAUUUUCAGCAGCUAGUAAAGCCCAGACUUGUGGAUUCCUUCCUGUUAUGCACAAAUAUGGAAGAGAGCUUUGUAUAAAUGUGAGCCAAAAGCCUGAAAGCAAGUUAUCCUUUGAAAAACAAUAAAAAUAACACACAUACAAUAAGAUAAUACAUAUUCAAUUGUAUUUAGUUUUAGUCCUAUUGUUAUUUAUGACUUAUUUAUUUUAAAACCAUGAAUAUGUGGUUCAUGCAAAUUUAUUUCAGUGGCUUGCAGAGGUAAUUUUUCUCAAAUUUUCUUGAUGUACCGAGACAUGGCAAGAGAGUAUCAUUGCAAUCUAACAAAAUGUUGUUGUCAUGUUUAGUAGAAUUGAAUUGAGAUAACAAAGCCAAGGAUUUGGUGCUAAUUUUUUAAAUGUUUCCAAUAAUGUUUUAUUGCUGACAUUUUUCUACAGUUAGUAAAUUUUGCAUUUUUUUUUUGGAGAAAUGCGUUAAUUUGAGGCAUUUGUUUUUAGAAGAAAAAUGAUCCUGAAUGCAGCAAGUAUAUACUUUGAAAUGAAUGGGAUGUUACAGUCUGAGUCCAGUUCUUAAUUUUUGUGAUCUUCUAAUAGAAUUAUGAAAAUAUGUAACUGGUUAUCUGGGGAGGAAAAAACUUUUUUUUUCCAAGUACUGAUUUGUAAUGAUGUUAGAGGACAUUUUAAAGCUAUAUAAUGAUGUGCUGCAUUAUAUAAUACAUAAUUGCAGACAACUUUUAUUUUAUUUGCAUGUACUGACAUUUCCUAAAGAAAUUGAAAGAAUUCUAGAAAAAUCUUCAAGAAAUUAAAUGCACUUCAUCAGUAAGAAAGUAUCCACAUAAGAUUUAGGAUCAUUACACAUUGAUCCUAAAACGCUUCUUUUCCAAGCAUUCCAAGAACUGUAAAGUGAGUAUAUCCAGAUAUGUUUUCAAUAUUCAAGCUAUUACUUUUUAAAAAAAAUCUAGCAUAAAUAUGUUAAAUAAUCAGAAUAGAGAAUUGUAACUUGAAUUUCCACUUUGUUUUUUUUAACUAGUCUUGCAAUUCUAAAGCUGUGAAACAGGGCUUUCAAGGGCUCUUGGAGGUGACAAAAGGAGAUUUUACCAAUAGAUAACAAGAUAAAGAAUAAAGUUGAUUUUUAAAAUAAACCUCUUAAAAUUCCUCUUAAAAUUUGACUUUUUCUUUUAAUCAAGAAACUAUAUACAUUUAAAAUUGGUAUACCAUCAGUAUCUUGAGAGUGUUUUCUGCCUAGCUUCUCACAAAACACUCUGUAGAUUAUGAAUAUAUGUGUAACUUUUUCUUGAUGGCUCACAAUUAUUGCUCUGGAUCAUUUUAUGAUCAGGCAACUUUAAGGUACUAGGACAUCUGCCAAAAAAGUAAGUACACUUCUUUAUAGUACUUACUUUGUAGAUACAUUAAGCAACUUAAUUCAUUAAUGUUUAUUUAGUAUUACAUAGUGUUUAGAUGAAAGGCACCAGGAAAUUGCUAAACUGUGAUUGCUUUCCAGAUUUUCUUUGUCUGAGAAAUCUGUCCUGCUUCAAGCAGUGAUAAAUGGUGACUACUUUUUUUCUCCCCUUGAGUAUAUGGGUUAAGAAAUCUGUCUUAACAUUUCUUCCUAGUGAUCUUUUCAUUUAAUGAACUUUAACUUAACUGAAGUUUUAAAAACAUUAGAAAACAUACAGUGACCUCUGUCAUAAGCAACUACUCAAAGAUAAGCAUUGAAUCAGAUGUUUCACAGAUGUGAUUUCCUAGUAAGAGCAGAGAUAAUUCUGCUUUGUUUGCGUACUUUGAGACAGCUCCUUAAAUGUAUGAAAUUGUAAAGAUGUAUUACACUGUACAGCUUUCAAAAUAUUACACAAGCAACCAACAUUAACACUUUAUUCACUAAGCAGAAAUGCAUGUAUGAACCAUGCAUGCUUUAAACUGUAAAAUCAACAUUCUUGAUGUAAACAAGUCAAAACUCAUAAGAAAUGAACUUAAUAAGGUCCUGUUGUUUUCAUGCUGAUAAUCCCUAACAGAAUACAACACCUCAAAUUAUGUUGCUGAAUAUGCUGGGCUGAACCUUAUUCUGCUAGCUGCAACAAACACCAGAAACAAUUUAUUUCUAGACAGGGUAGAGUUUAUCCCAUAUUAUCCCAUAAAAGUGAUGUUAAAAUCUCAUUAAAAAGAAAAAAUAUAUAGUUUGGGGCAUAUGCAUUCAGAAAAAAAGGCGGAGAUGAUAUCAUCAAGACAAUGGAAUUCCUUUAUGAGCACUAAAAUAUAGUUGUAUAGUAAAAUUAGGGGAUCCAAAUAACAAUUUACUUGAUAUUUAGGAAAGUGGCAGUGGACUACAGAUGUGUUAUGCUGGCACAAAUGGAACUGUCUGUCUUGUGGAAAGGGAGCAGUGAAUUGGUCUGUUGCUCAUAGAUCAGAAACAUAUGUAAAAACAGGGAAAUUACAGCCCACCCAAGGCAAAAAGACUAAUUCCUUGUCCUUUAGAAGUGCAGCUCAACCAUGAGAUGGUAGCAAGAUUAAAUAUAUAUAUACACACACACACUUGUAUGUAUAUUUAUAUAAUAUAUAUAUGUAUAUUUAUCCCAAUUUUUAGUCCCAUUUUUUUUUAGUAGGGGGGAUUGUUAUAAAAGUGUUGUUUAUAUAUUUAUUCAUACUCAUAAAAAUAAUUUCAGAGCACAAUCAAGUGGAGCAGGAAAGUAUAAUGCGGCUGCCAUUGGAAAUCAUAACACUAUUUUUCAGUAAAUAUUUCUCUUAGUAAUUUCAAAGUCUUUAAAAACAGAAAAACAAAAUGAAUGCACUAGGCAUAGGCACAGUACCAAUUCUCAUGCUAAUCUAUCCUGCAGUCUGAAAAGAGGGUCUAACAGCUUUGCAGCAACCUGGUUAUUGUUCUUGUGACACCUGGCUUUUGCUGAUGUUAAUAGUGAACAUAGUAGCACUGUUCUUGAUUGUGUCUUUUCUCCAACAAACACUUGCUCCACUGAAAGUUGAAUUAGAAAUUAAUGAAAAGAAAUAGUCAUAGAUAUUUUAUAACAGCCUAUUUUGACUUUUUUUUCUAAGAUAAAGUGCUACAACAAAAAAGCAUGAUUUUUUUUUUCAGCAUUAGUGUAUCAUACAAUUUAGUGUCCACACAUGUAAAGUAAAUUAAAGUAGCUGUUAAGAAAAUGCCAUUAUGACCCAUAACAUUUUAAAGCCAUUUUAAACAGGUUAAAUAUUCAGUGAGCAGGCCAGUAGCAAUGAAGGAGUCUAAUUUGCUCUCAGACACAGAGAUGUGAACCCAGAUUAAUUGAUUUGACUACGGAUACUCUUAACCUGUAAGUACGUAGCCCGUAUUGUGUGUUUAUAUGUGUUCGUAUUAUAAAUAUGGCUGUUUACAGAAGCAAUAUACAUUUAAAUGGAUCUCACGUUUGUAGCAGAAAAAUAGGUAUUGAAAGACCUGGUUCGGAACUGCUAUCACUUAAGUGUCAUUGAAACCAUUUUUGCUAGGCAUGAAUAUUUCACUUAAAGUUACGCACUUUAUUUUAUAUAUGAUAAGAUUUAUCAGAAAAUACUCAUCCCUCUUCCUUUCCCCUUCAUUCAUUAGGAAUUUAAAAGUAAUUAAAAACACUUAAAUAUUAUUUUAUUAUUGUUGGUUGAAUUCUGAAUCAACAGUGUUUGCUUUAAAAGUGACCUUUCAAUUUUUAAAUUGAAAAUGGAAUAGUUUAAGGCAGAAUAAUCACAUUUAAUAUCAGCAUAGUAUGAAACAAAAUAUUUCACAUCAAGAUUUUUGCUAAAGCAUGCAGUGUGGAUCAAAAUUAGGACUAAUAUACUAAUUACUAUGUAGUUUGUAGAGUAAGGUAGAGGGUGUCUGUAACAUCUAUCUGUAUAGGUCAGUAUCUGUGGACUCAUUUACCUAUAGAGAGUGCAUGUAAAUUAAAUAUUAGCAUAGUCAUUCUGGAAACUGAAUGUUAUGCUUGUCAGAAAUAUAAUUUCAUUUAAAUUGUUCUGUAAGUUUAAUGUUUUGUAUUUUUUUUUUAGAAAUGUUAGACAAACAUGCAGUGAACUGCAGGAUUAUUUGUAACUGAUUUACAUUCCAAUGACUUUGGACAAUGUGUUCAAAUCUUGGCUUUAGUUUGAACUGUUUACAGAUGUAUGCAACCCAGGCAUUUUAUUCAUAGAAUAAAUUUUUUUCUAAUUUUU